GGCAGGUCAUAGCUUAUUGAAAACAGGAGUCAGUGUGAUUCUAGACGUGAAAUAUCGUGAUCCUUAGCACUCAAUUAAUUUUAAGACAACUUAAAAUAUAUUCACUUUGGAGAAAAUGCCGUUCGAGCGAAUAUGGGACGCGUCGUGUCCAAGAGUCUGGUCAAAAUGGGAAACAAACGGCCAAGAAUGGGUGGUGCAGGAUCUCGAAGUUGGAGACUUUGAGAACGCUGUCAAUAUCCUGCUGGAAGAAAUGUGCUGCGAUGAAGUGUUAUGUUCAGUUAGCAAUUUACAGGAGGAUGCAGAGAGCAUGGCUGGGAUGAAGAAGUUCUGGGCAGCAUGUCUGGCCCAGAGGAUGUCGCUGGGGCUCUACACCUGGGUGAACGGUGUGAAGACGCUCGCAGCGCUCAACGUGUGCGUCGCAUCAACAGGAGAUGAUACCGUACCGGAAACUGAGAUAGAAGGUGCGGCUUGGAAAAACGUGUACAUGGCUCUGGACUACAUUGAGAAGAAGAAGGAUCCUCACGAGCACACAGGACUGGAAACUAUGCUGCAUGCUUUUGGUCUGCUGGUGAAGAGGCAGUUCCGCGGCUCCAAACUGGGAGAGAAAUUAUUGAGUGCUAGGGAGCCCUUGUGCAGAUUCCACGGAAUUAAGGGAACGACUACGGUGUUUACGGGACCAGCAUCUCAGAAGCUUGCCACUUUGGCCGGGUUCCAGGAAAUCUGUGAAGUAACUUUGAAAGAACUGGCUCAAAGUGGUCUGAAUUACCCGAGCGAUGAAAACAGAUCUAUCAAACUAAUGAUUAAAUUAUAUGAAUAGCAGCUUGACUAGUACGAUAUAUAAGUAAUUAUUAUGAAAGUUUCUCAAAAGAAAGUAUUUAUAUUUUAUAAUUAAAUCUAAUAAGUAUAUACAUAAAUCGUUAUUAGAAAAAUAAUAAUAGACUGCUUAUAAUAUAUUUUUCAUCUUUUUCGUUUGAUGUUUUUCAUCUAGGUAACAAUAGCCACGGACGAGUAAAAAACGGUGUGCGGUUACGGGGGAUACUAGUUGCACAAUUUUUUCUCCCUUAAAUAAUAAUAUAAUAUGGUCACAAAUACUUACAUAGUAUAGUUUUUACAAUUUUUCACGACAGCAUUUCUAAAAUAUUUCAUUGAGACGCCAACUGAUCUGUCACAGACGAUGACAAUCCUCAUAAUGGCUGCCUUUCGGCUUGUAGUAGUGUAAGUGUGUGCGUGGGGCUAUGUAUUUACACGUUAAUCGGCUUGUUUUGGUGCUACACUGUUAUGUAAGGUGACACGGAGUCCUUAUUUUUUUACUAGUCCGUGACUCAUCGUAAAAACAAGCAAAUAUAGGUAAGUAAAAUAAAUAUUUUUUUAAAUUUGUCUGUAAUGUCCUAGCUUUUAGGUAGGUACAUUCAUUUUAGCACAAUACAGUAGGUAUUUCUAGUGAUUUUACGGAACGAGGACAUUAUUUUGUCUCUAUUUUUGAAUAUUUCAAAUAGAUAAUAGAUAAUUUAAACAGAACGGCUUCAUAUUUUGUGUAGACGAAGACUAUUAGUGGUGAUUGACAGCUUCAUUAUCUACCUCCCGCAUUGAACAUGAAUCUAUUUACAUAUAAAUAAGUUGUUACUUUUGUAGCGAGGUUACGAGAUGAUCUACGUAAGGCAAGCUAUUAAAAUAUUUUUACUAUUUUAGUGAAGGUUUUAUCGACCAACAUGGAAUUUUAAUUAAUGUGUUGAAUUUAUUUUAAUAAUGUUAAAUAAACAAUUUGAAAAUUAA